AUGUUGUACGAGAAAAGAGUAUUACCUCCUAAAAGGAGCUAUCAGAGGAACCCAAUUGUCUGGGCAUUCUUUGUCUUGGCUAUUCUUACCAUUUAUAAAUUACCCUUAACUUUGUUUCCUCAAGAACAAGAUGUUAUCGACCCUAAAGCUGUUAUUCUCAAUGCCCUUGAAACCAAUUUAGCUGGUAAUUGGUCACGCAAGUACACUGCUGAGCCACAUUUGGCAGGCACGAACUACGGUUUGGUUGCAUGGACUGAACUGAAAUUUAAGGAGUACGGGCUUAAGACUCAAGUUGACACUUAUGAUAUUUAUGUUAGUUAUCCAAAAGACCAUGACUUGAAGUUGAUUAAUAAAAAGGGCCACGUCGAGUACCAACCAUCAUUAAAGGAAGAUGUCAUUGAUGAAGACUCAACUACACAUGGAAAUGACACAGUCCCCACAUUUUUGGGAUAUGCUGCCAAUGGGAAUGUAACUGCUGAAUACGUUUUUGUCAACUACGGGACUAAAGACGAUUUCGAUUUUUUAAAGGAGCAAAAAGUUAAUGUUACUGGUAAAAUCGCCAUUGCUCGUUAUGGCAAAAUUUUCCGUGGCUUAAAAGUCAAAUUUGCUCAAGAACAUGGUGCUGUUGGUGUUUUGAUAUAUUCCGACCCAGGAGAUGACCAAGGAAUCACACCUGCCAACGGCUAUAAACAAUAUCCUCAUGGUCCUGCACGUCAAGAAAGUUCUGUUCAAAGAGGGUCUGUACAAUUCUUGUCACAAAUCCCUGGAGACCCUACUACCCCAGGUUACCCUUCCAAGGGAGACGUGGAGCGCAAAGACCCUCAUGAAAGUAUUGGUAGAAUUCCUGCUUUGCCGAUUUCGUAUCGCGAAGUCAAACCCAUAUUGGCCAAACUCAACGGAUUUGGUAUACAACCAGACCUGUUUGCCGGCGAGUUAGAAGGAUUUGACUAUUUUACUGGACCAAACCCAAAAUACACGUUAAACUUGUACAAUGACCAAAUUUACAAUAUUACACCAUUAUGGAAUGUUUAUGGAGAAAUUGAAGGUCAGAACAAAGACGAGGUAAUUAUAAUUGGUAAUCACAGAGACGCAUGGAUCAAAGGAGGCGCAUCGGACCCCAAUAGUGGCUCUGCUGCUUUGUUGGAGAUUGCUCGUGCUUUAAACGAAUUAAAACAGCAAAAUUAUAAAUUCAAACGUACAAUAAUUUUGCACAGUUAUGAUGGCGAAGAGUAUGGACUUUUGGGUUCCACCGAGCAAGGGGAAUACUAUGCUGAAAAGUAUCAGCGCAAUGUUGUGGCAUACUUGAACUUGGACGACGCUGUUUCAGGAAAACAUUUCAAGUUGAGUGCAUCUCCAGUAUUAGAUGAGGUAUUGUUAGCUGUUGCCAAAGAAUUAGAAUACCCAGAAAAGGGGGCCGCUAGUUUGUAUGACCACUGGUUGGCCAAUGGUGGUAGAAUCAAACCUCUUGGGUCUGGGUCCGAUUAUACAGUUUACCUUGACCAUCUCGGUAUUCCCUCAGUGGACUUGGGUUUUGCUGGUGGGAAAGGUGACCCAGUAUAUCAUUAUCAUUCCAACUACGACUCUUACCACUGGAUGAAGAAGUUUGGCGACGAGGGGUUUGUAUUCCACAAUUUGUGUGCCAAAUAUGUACUGUUGCUUGCAUUACAGUUGUCAGAGAGAGAAGUCAUUGAUUUCAGACUUUCCAGCUACUCGAAAAAGUUGCAAGAGUAUUACAACUCCACUGUUUCAACCAUUCCCAAGUCGUGGUUGAACAAAACGGUAAAAUCCUCACACACAGACUGGGAAGAAUAUAAUUUUAUCAAUAAAGCCACCAAUGGUUAUUAUACAGACGAGAUUCCAGAGGGCAAACAAUGCAGAAUGAUGAGACGUAUCCAUCACCACAAACACAAAACCACUUUGCAAGAACUAGUAGCUGCAACUUUUGACAAAUUGGAGAAAUUUGAUAAUGUCACCCAAUCCUUGGACCUCACCUCCUUCAAAUUGCAAGCACUUUAUGAUGAUUACGACAAUUUACCAUUGUGGGAGAGAAUCAAAUUACAUUUCCGUAUCAGACACCACAAUAAAUUGUUACAGUAUUUUGAAAGAAACUUUCUUCAUCAAAAGGGAUUACACAACAGAUUCUGGUUCAGACACAUUGUUUAUGCCAGCGGAAGAUACACUGGGUAUGCGGGACAAACAUUGCCGGGAUUAAAUGAAGCUAUUGAAGAUGGUGAUUUCGAUAGAUUUGUGCAUUGGGUCAAUAUCUUUGCCAGAACUUUGAAGAGAAUCAAUAGACAUUCAUAA